UAUUAAUAAUAAUAAUAAUCAAUAAUUGGUUACCUGGUAAUAUCAAUGAGUACAAUACAGCACAUCUACUUUCUAGUAAUCAACAAGCACAAGGACAGCAUCAACAAAGUUUGUACAACAAUGUGACGAUAACAAAUAACUCUACAGGUAUUUUAGAAAAUGGUGUCAAUCCCAUGUUUGUUUCGCCAGUAUUUACAACAUGUAAACAAAAUCAUAUUCAGCAUGCAAGUGAAAGGCCUGCAUAUUGUGACAAUCAUGGAAAUUCCUUAAUAUUUCAACAAAGAUGUAACGAUGAUUUAACAGAACAGAUGAAAUACAACAGAAAUGAUAGCCAACCGAUUGUGAUUCCUUUCAAUACAGAAAACCAAAUUCAGUGUAAAUUAGAAAUGAUAAAUGAAAAUGAUCCUCUAUGUGUUACUGCAUCAAAAGUGUCAACACCUGGAACUGACUCAUCAAUAGAAACAACACUGAUAUCCAAUAGACUGUUAAAUAUUAAAAGCAAAACUAUAUAUCCAUAUAUGAAUAAUACUAAUUCGGCGAUAAUGUGUUCAUCCCCAACUGGACUGUAUCCUUGUUGUAAUAUACCAAUGAGUAAUUCGCAGAUAUUUCAUGAUGAUGAUGAUGUUGAUUACGUCAGUCAUGCCUUAGACUAUCAGAAUCAGUCAACAGAUAAUCAAUAUAUUGUAAAUAAUGGUGACUAUUGUCAUUUGUUACCAUGUUUCAGUCAACAGGAAUAUCAACAACAACAACAAACAACGUCCUGUAAUUAUCCAAAUGAAAAUAAAUUGAACGAAGUAAGCAGUAAUUCUGUAAAUGCAGAUUUAUCUCAUAUAUAUUCACAAUCUAUGAAUAAUCCCAUUGUGCAAAUAAAUGAAAGUCAAGGGAAUCCCAUGAAUACUACUACUAAUAUUACUACCAAUGUCAGUAGUACAUCUACUACCAGUACCCCUAACACUCUCACUGAUAACAGUGAUGUAAAUAGAAAAGCUCGCUCAAUUUUUAAUUCAUAUCAAGAUGGGUCAACUGACAGCAUCUGUCAUAAAACAUUCACCUAUCCAAUGCAUAGUCAUAAUGGACAUAUACAAUUAUGGCAAUUUUUAUUAGAAGAAUUACACGAUCCAGAAGCGUACGACUUCAUCUCAUGGACUGGUUAUAAUAAUGAAUUUAAAUUAAAAGAACCAAAUCAAGUGGCUCAGAGAUGGGGAGCUAGAAAAAAUAAACCAAAAAUGAAUUAUGAAAAGUUAAGUCGUGGAUUAAGAUAUUAUUAUGAUAAAAAAAUUAUUGAAAAAGUCUCUGGGAAACGAUAUGUUUAUCGAUUUACUAGAAAUUUAAAUGAUUUAAUUAAAAAUCAAUUCAAUGGAUCAAUGUUAUUAUGUUCAUCGUCAAAUGAUGUACAAAAUAUGAGUCAGUUGAAUACAACAGUUUAUACAAAUUCUAAAACAUCUUGGAAAAGUGAAAUAGUCGAAGAAAUAAACACUGUACACAAGGUGAUCUAAUGAGAAUCUGGAAAGGCAGUUCAAAUCAUCCAGGAUGUCAGUUAGUUGAAUCUGCCAAGAAGUCGAGUAACCAGUCUUGUUGUCAACUAAAGUGUAAUACUGUUUCCUUUAAAUAUGUUGCACUUAUGUAAUUUUAUUUAAAAACACAAAUUAGAUUGAUUUGUACAGAAAAUAACAGUGAAUGGUGAAUGUGUUUUACUAGUCACUUCAACUCUUAUACAGAAAUACAACAACCAUACAUAUAUUUGUAAAAAUACUCAUGUUAGAUUACCGUGUAAUUUAUCUUUUAGUAUUAUAUACUUAUUAUUAUUAUUAUUAUUAUUAUUAAAACUUCACUUCUACAGCGCAUUACACACACAUAUUUUCGCAAAGGCAGUGUAUAGAAUUGUUAGUUUUGUGGAACAGUUUCUAAAAC